AGGGAGGGGCGGCGGCGCGAGCGGCGGCGGCGGCGGUUCCAGCAUGAAGAGGAGAGCUGGCCUGGGGGGCAGCAUGAGGUCAGUGGUGGGCUUCUUGUCCCAGCGGGGCUUGCAUGGGGACCCCCUGCUCACUCAGGACUUUCAGAGGAGACGCCUGCGGGGCUGCAGAAACCUCUACAAGAAGGACCUCCUCGGCCACUUCGGCUGUGUCAAUGCCAUUGAAUUCUCCAACAAUGGAGGCCAGUGGCUGGUCUCAGGAGGAGAUGACCGUCGGGUUCUGCUGUGGCAUAUGGAACAAGCGAUCCACUCCAGAGUCAAGCCCAUACAACUGAAAGGAGAACACCAUUCCAACAUUUUUUGCCUGGCUUUCAACAGUGGAAACACCAAAGUGUUCUCUGGAGGAAAUGAUGAGCAAGUUAUCCUUCAUGAUGUUGAAAGCAGCGAGACCUUGGAUGUGUUUGCUCAUGAAGAUGCAGUAUAUGGCUUAUCAGUGAGCCCAGUAAAUGACAACAUUUUUGCCAGCUCUUCAGAUGAUGGUCGGGUUCUCAUUUGGGACAUCCGGGAGUCUCCCCAUGGAGAGCCCUUCUGCCUGGCAAACUACCCAUCAGCCUUUCACAGUGUCAUGUUUAACCCUGUGGAGCCCAGGUUAUUGGCCACAGCCAAUUCAAAGGAAGGAGUGGGACUCUGGGAUAUCCGAAAACCUCAGAGUUCUCUCCUGCGCUAUGGUGGCAACCUGUCUCUCCAAAGUGCCAUGAGUGUGCGAUUCAAUAGCAAUGGGACCCAGCUCCUGGCCCUGCGGCGUCGCCUGCCCCCUGUACUUUAUGACAUCCACUCCCGCCUGCCAGUGUUCCAGUUUGACAAUCAGGGUUACUUCAACUCAUGCACCAUGAAAAGCUGCUGUUUUGCAGGAGAUCGUGACCAAUAUCACAACUGGGUCUGCAGAGCCCAUGCUGUGAGUUUCCUGCCUUUUUUCAGUGUCACUGGGAAUAGAGAUACUGAUGUUGCUUUAAAGCUGGCAGUUUAAAAGCAUACAUGGCAUUCUUGGUGCUUGUCUGUCUUAGCCAUAGAAGUUCUGAAAUGGGUGUUAGUGACCAGUUGUACUGACCUGAAUAACUGAUGUCAGUAAAGGCAAAUCAAAUAAACAAUUUUUUUUCUUCUCAAGGAAAACCAAUCUUAUUGCUACUUUACAUUCAGAUUGAAAAAAGAAAAGAAAAAAACCUUUGUUUCUUGCUGGUGCUUAGUAUUUCAUCUUUGGGCUCAUCAAUUUUGCCGCAUUUUGACAUAACAUACCCCACCUCUUUAUUGUUAUUUUGGGAUAAGAAGCCUAAACAAAAAUUUUUUUUCAGUUAUAUGUUGCACCCAGGGGUGCUCUACCACUGAGUUAUAUCCCUACUUGUUUUAUUUUCUGUUUUGAGACAGGGUCUCACUAAGUUGCCCAGGCUGGCCUCAAACGUGAUCUUCCUGCCUCAGCCUCCUGAGUUGCUGGGAUCACAGGCAUAUGCCACUGUGCCUGGCAAAAGAAACAAUUCUUUGAGAACCUUUCAAGACCCUGCUUUUUAAAGGGUAGGAUUUUUCUCUCUAGGCUGAAGUUGCUAGACUCCCUAAGUAGUUUAAUGAUUUGUAUAUGUAGUAGGAGUAGAAUAAACACUUGUUGAAUUGAGUUGCAUGUAGGUAGAUAAGAAUAUUCAAGUUUUCCAAGAUAGAUACUUCCCCCUUUGUAGAUAAUAUAUUUAUUUGCUGAACUGGGGAAUUAACCCAUGAGUGUUCUACCACUGAGUUAAAUCCUAACACCACCCACCUUUUAAAAAUGUUUAUUUUUUUGUAGGUACUGGGGAUUGAACCUAGGGGCAUUUUGCCAUUGAGCUACAUCCCCAGCCCUUUUUAUUUUUAAUUUUGAGAUAGAGUCUCACUAAGUGGCUGAGAGUGGCCUUAGAUUUACAAGCCUCCUGUGUCAAGCUUCCUGCGUUGCUGGGAUUACAGGUGUAUACCACUGUGCCUGGCUUAAUUUUUCAUGCUUGAAACAGGGUCUUACUAAGUUGCUAAAAUGACCUUGAAUUUCCAGUCCUCCUUAAUCAACCUCCCAAAUAGCUGGGAUUAAGGGUAUGUGCUACCACACCCAGCCAAAUUCAGAAUUUGUACUCCAGUCCUAUGGCCUACUUAGCUUCAGUCCACACUGGAAACCACUAGAUGGCCUCAGUUAUAUAAAUGUUAUCUUUGGAGGAAGCCAUAGUACCUACAUGACUUAGUUUUUAUUUGCUUAUGUGGUACUGUAGGCAAUUUGUUUCUUAGGUAGGAAGAAUCAGUUUCUAGAGAAGAGGUGAUCAGAUUCUCAAUAGAACAGAGAAUUGGUCUGCUAUGGAAAAUAGUUGAUUUAGCUUAAUAUGGCUGUGGAAAUGGCAACCUAGUCCUGCAACCACUACCUUUGUUUAUUCCUUCAGUCUUCUUUGCUUUUGUUGAUUCUUCUAUCUUCUGUCAACUUAUGCAUGUGAUUCUUAUUUCAUUAAAUAAUAAAAAGCAUGCAGAAAAUAAUAGUUUUUAAGACUUUAUUGCCAUGAACACUGGCUGAGAAGAAAGACAAGAGUUGAAAAAAUAUGGAUAUUGUUUUUUUCUUCAAACUGUAUAUUAGUAGCCAAAGCCUGUCUUUGUGGAGUCCUUAAAAGACCCAGAUCAAAUUCCUCUGGCCAAAAUGUAGACAACAUCUAGACCAUUGUUUCUCAACCUCGGCACUGUUGAUGUUUCGGCUGAAUAAAUCUUUGUGGUGUAGGGUUGUCCUGUGCAUUGUAGGAUGGGUGAUAGCAUUCCUGGCCUCUCCUUGCUAGAUGUCAAUAAUAUCAUCCUUUGUUGUCCUCCACACAACCAAAAAGGUCUCUGGGUAUUACCAAAUGUCCCUUGAAGGGAAUGUUGCCCCUCGUUAAAAACCCCUGAUCUAGAUUAUAUUUACCAAUUUUGCUCAGAAAGCAUUAGGGCUGGUGUUGCAGAGGCAGAGCCAGGCAAGGUAUUUUGUGAUGGUCCUGGGUAUGUACAUUGAAAUUAUAGCUAGUUUGCCUUGCAUUUAUAUUUAAUGAAAAAAAAAAAAACAUUGAGGGACUUUUAGUUUUCUCUAUUCAGAUUUGACUAGUUCAUUAUUUAUGACUUUUGUUCUAAGGGGAAAGCUUAUGGGAAUCAUAUUCUCUCUGAUAGACUGCACUGCUCUUUGGUUGGGGUAGUGGUUUUUCUUGGAUGAUGGAGAAUGCAGUCAUUGACUCUGACUUUGGACCAGACUAAGUCUUUUCUUAUCCCCCAUAUAGAUUAUUAGAGGCAUCUAAGAGAAUAGGAAAUAUAGAGAUUUAAACUUGGCUUUUCUAUUAAUUACUUAGCUAUAGGUCAUCGUGUGGUAUUUGGCUUUCUGGCCCUAAGGCUCCUCUAACUGUAAAUGCAGAUACAUAUCAUAUUUCCUGUUCAACUUUCAGGGACUUUUGGGAGGAUGAAUUAAUAAUGGGUUUACAGUGAAGCUAUCAAUUGAGUUUAUAGUUUUAAGUGCCGCAAAGGAGACCAAACAUGUCCCAGUCCUGGAAAAUGUCUUUCACAGGUGAUUUAAAGACUCUUGACUUUUCGCACUCUGGGCUAAACAGCAGCUGCCACAGUUCGGUGUGAUCUGCAAGAUUGAAAUGUGUGUUUGACUAGUCUAGACAGUAUCAUUUUUGCUGCCUUUAGAUUCCAAAGUCUACCUUUUCCUUAUAUUGAUGUGUAUAUAUGUAUGUAUGUAUGUAUUUGGAGAUGGGGUCUUGCUGUAUUUCUUUCCAGCUAGUCUAGAAACUAUGAUUUUCCUGCUUAAGCCUCCCAAGUAGCUGGGAUUACAAAGUGCCACCUCUUUCAUGUAUAGACUAGGAAUGCCUGUAGCCUGAGAUUCUGUGCUCUGAAACUCUUCAUUUAGUCAAUGGCUAGGUAACCAUUCCAGAGAGGAAUCUUGAGAAUUCCCAUAAUAGGAAUGAAAAUGGAUGAGAAAAGCAAAAUAGAUAAAUGAUCCUAUCUAUCUGAGAUAGUCUUCUGGCUUUUAAUUACAAAGAGGUUAGUCAGGCCACACAAAUGGAUCCAGAUAUUAUUCCAGAGGGCCUGUGCUUCUUUUUGUCUAUUUUAGGUUUGCUAGGGAUUCAUUAACCUCAAAAUUAAAUUGAAAUUUCAAAAAAUUUUACUCAGAAUAAAGUAUGAAAUAUGUUGAAACUACUUUGUGUUGUCUUCAUUUUCAUUGCCCCCAUUAUAGAUGAUUUCAAAUCAUAGAACCACUAGAGAGCAUUUUGUACAAACUCUUCCUUUCAGCAUGAGAAAACUGAGACUCAUAAAGAUUAGGUAACAUAAGUAACCACAUAUACAAUUUUGUAGCUGAGUCAGGACUAGAACCCAGAUUUUUGAGCUCUCAGUAGAGACCAUUUUUCACUGUAUAAAUGGCCAUAACUUAAUGCCACUAGUAGCAAGGCAGACGGGAAAAAAAAUGAAUAAAUUAGGCUGGGAGUCACAGUAAGGAGUGGUGCAAACUGGCCAACUGUUCAGCCCACAUUUCAUCAAAGUGGGAUAGCUUCUACUCAGUUUAAGCUCAUUGUUGUCAUGUGAGCCUCCAUGUUGCUAGAGGUCUGAUUUUCGUAAAGGGGAAGAUAGAUUUUUAUGUGAAGUCUCAUUUUUUAAUUAUUGCAACAAAUUCAAACUUUAUUGUAUGGAUAACACAAAUCUGUGUAUUGCUUUAGAGCCACCAUUUGAAACCUCUGUGCUUCUUUCAUAGGAUGCUUUUCCUCAUGUUUAGCUCUAUGAUUUGUCAUGAAUUCAUGGAUGAGUGAAGACAAGUUCUUUUUUCCUGACUCCUGCUGAAUGCUUCCUAACUUAGUGUCUUUCUUACCCUCCAUCUUUUAAAAUAUGAAAGCAGUUCUUUUUUUAUCCUUAGAGAAUACUUUAUUGGUUUCUAUAAUCAAACCCAUGUAGAUAAGACCUUACAUAUUUAAUACAGUGCAUUACCCCUGUACAAAUGGAAAAAAAUUAAGUUUAAUGUUUCUAGACCAAUAUGGCUGUUAAUUUCUGUACAAUGCCAACUCAACACGGUAAACUAGGAUACUUUUUCCUAAGUUGACAGCACAGCUAAAGAUGAAAGCAGUUCUUUUUUUAAAAAAUAUAUUUUUUUAGUUAUACAUGGACACAAUAUGUUUAUUUUGUUUAUUUAUUUUUAUGUGGUGCUUGAGGGUCAAACCCAGGAUCUCAUACAUGAGAGGCAAGCACUCUACUGCUGAGCCACAACCCCAGACCGAAAGCAGUUCUUUACUGGGCAUUUACUGUAUGCCAGAUACUGGGUAGGCAGUCACAUGACCUUCCAGGCCCUCUUUGGGAUCUUUAUUAAGGUUCUACAUAUAAUUUGUCUUUCUUACUUGUGGCUAUAAAUACAUGGUUUAUUUCUAGUUUAAUAUUUUAAUUAUUCAAGUUUAAUAACUUACACCAUUGAAUUAGGUGACAGGAGUAACAUCACAUUGGCUGGGUAUCAACAGAAACAACCCCAAUUAAACACUUGAACUUUUGGGACCUAAUCUUACCAUGUUGCUCAGGCUAGCCCCUAACUUUUGGGCUCAAGAGGUCUUCCUGUCUUAGUCUCCUAAGCAGCAGAGACUAAGUACACACCAUGCCUAGUUCCUUGCCUUUUUUUUUUUUUUUUUUUUUUAAAUCCAGGCAACUUUCUAGUCUUGUAGUAUAGUGAGGAAUCUUAUACUAAAACAUUUCUUCUCCUGGAGAUUUCCUGAACCCAGGUGUUCUCUUUGCUUUCACAUCAUACUUAGAUUUUUUUUUUUUUCCCUAAAGCCUAGAUGGGUAUGUUCUUUCUUUUUUCCUAGUUUCAUUCCUCUCUGUGCCUUCAGUGAGUCAGUUUCUUAAUAGAGUUUAAAAAGAGUGUUUCCACCUGCUAGCUUUUUGGCACAUACUUGUAAGGCAGCACUCAGCUUUUGUUCCCUUUCUUUCACAAUUCCUUAAAUGGCUCUCAUCCUAGAUUGUGAGUCCAGCAGAGCAGCUCAGGCUUCUGGGAAGUCAGUCUUUCAGGCGAGAGGCAUGUGUAUCUGAAAGUGGACAGGCUUAUCAUUUUAAAAAUUUCUCUUGCAUUAGUCUCAUCUAAUGGUAGGGUUGAUAGUCCCCAUGUCUUACUAAAAGAAGGAUCAGGAAGGAAACAAUAGUAAAACUAAGUUUUCUUGAAAGGAUUGAGCACUCGAGCAUCUGAGCAUUGAGAUCUACAUAGGUCUUUCUUUUUAAUUUGACAGCUGGCAGGGAUGCCCCAAAUCACGAUAAUGAAACCAUCCUGCCCCAUCGCCUAAAGAGCUGACUUGUACUCUGUAAAUCCAGCAAAAUGGCCUUGAUAUGUGGCCUGGCCUUAGCAUAUCACCAUUCAAACUCUGUGUUGGUGGUGCCUGGAUAGAGCAGAGGUACCUGAAUGCACCAGUAAGUGCUCUCCAGGCCAGAGAAGCUCCCUAUAAAGUUAUAACUUUGCUUUUUUUUUUUAAUAACUCCAUGCAGCCCUCAUGAUGCCUCCAUGGGGGCCUGGUAUGCCAUGUAAAUAUGAAAUUAAAAUACACUUUUUUGGGGGGUGGGGAUACCAGGGAUUAAACCCAGGAACACUCAACCACUGAGCCACAUCCCCAGCCCUAUUUUGUAUUUUAUUUAGAGACAGGAUCUCACUGAGUUGCUUAGUACCUCACUUUUGCUGAGGCUGGCCUUGAAUUUGUGAUUCUCCUGCCCCAGCCUUCUGCUAAAAAUAUACUUUUAAUAAAGGAAAAUUCAACUUGGGUUCCAUUCUUUUAUUUGUAUUGCGUUUUUAGACUUACUUUUAUUUUCAUCUCCUUGUCUUUUUCACUAUUAUAUUUAAAGCCUCUUGCAGACCUCUAGGAAUAGUUGGAUAGGUUUCAUGUCCCUGUGAGACUGAGGCCCAGAAUAAUUUGAAACGGCUGAUCUAAUCAGUAGCAGGCCCAAACUAAGUUUAGGAUUAAUUUUGCUUAUGAGUGCACCCUCUUCCUCAUAGACAUGCUGCCACCUGUGUUGUUGAGAUCAGGUGGUGAUGUGGUCUUCUGUGGGGCAAUGGGGAAGAACCAAAUACAGAAGGUGUAGAAGAGGAAUUCCUUCGAUGUAUUAUUUAGGGAGUGAAUAUUUUAAGAAACUUUGUUUUAUAGAGAAAAGGUAGAACAAAAAUUACUUGUUUAUUAAGGCAGCCAUUUUAACACUUUCUUACCCUGGAACUUUUUGAAAGAACAAAAGCUAUAAACAUUCAUCUUAGAAAAAUGCACAUAUCCACAUAGUUUUACACAUAAUAAUUAAGGGAUUUAUGGGACUCCUAGAACCUAAGAGACUCAGGUAUUAUCAAGUCUUGAUUAAGAUUUUUCCCUUGGAUAAGAUCAUCUCAGUUCACUUACUGACAGAUUAAAAUUUAAAAAUUUAAAAGAUUUUGGAAUGUGUACAAGUCUAUUAGAGAUGGUGUGGUUUAUAAUUGUUCGGUUGAAAAGGAAAUCUAGGCAGCCUUGAUUUCUUCUUAGGAACAAGUGAAAUUGAUGUGAUCUAGUGACGUGACAUAAUAGUUCUCUUUUAAUGUUUAGCUCCUGCCUAGGAGCAUGAGCCCUACUAGUAAACCUGGUUGAUAUUAAUGAUAGCGGACAGAUAGAACCUGUCCUACUAUACCUGCCCAGCCAUCUUAGAGACAUGAUUCUCAGUAGCUCCACUUCUUUUUCUGGUGUCUUUAAGCUUUGGAGAAACAAGGUAAAAUAAUAUUCCUUCCUUAGAAUACUUGGAGCCUUUUGCUUGAAUGAAGACUGUAAGUACUCACAGAUGGACUGAAGUAAGCUAUGUAAUCUCCCUACUUCCCAGUCCCAAAAUGGAGGCUCACAGAGGGGAGACAGGGUACUGAACGCCAUUUGAUUGAUGGCCUUUCGAUCCAUGUCUAGGUUUCCAAAAUGAGUUUUGCUAAAUAAGGAUUCAUCUUUAAGUAGCUACUUUGUUACAGCAGCUGUUGGUAAUUUAGAGCAUUUUAAAUUUCUUCCCUACUGAGUAUUUGACUAUUAUUGGCUGCCACUAUGGAAUAUUUCUUUAUUAAUAGAAUUUUUCCUACUCAGAAUACAUAAAGGUUGGUUAUUUUAAUGAACCAAAGGAUUCCAGGAGCCUAAUGGAGAUGAAAUGGCAAGUGAUCCAAAGAAGCAAGAACAAUGUAACUUCACGUGUAAAAAUAAUAUUAAUAAUUAAACAAUAAGAUAACAAAUAACCCAAUCAACAAAUGGGCCAAGGACCUGAACAGACACUUCACAGAGGAGGACAUACAAUCAAUCAACAAGUACAUGAAAAAAUGCUCACCAUCUCUAGCAGUCAGAGAAAUGCAAAUCAAAACCACCCUAAGAUACCAUCUCACUCCAGUAAGAUUGGCAGCCAUUAUGAAGUCAAACAACAAUAAGUGUUGGCGAGGAUGUGGGGAAAAGGGUACUCUUUUACACUGCUGGUGGGACUGCAAAUUGGUAAGGCCAAUCUGGAAAGAAGUAUGGAGAUACCUGGGAAAGCUGGGAAUGGAUCCACCAUUUGACCCAGCUAUCGCCCUCCUCGGACUAUUCCCUGAGGAUCUUAAAAGAGCGUACUAUAGGGAUACUGCCACAUCAAUGAUCAUAGCGGCACAAUUCACAAUAGCUAGACUGUGGAACCAACCUAGAUGCCCUUCAAUAGAUGAAUGGAUAAAAAAAAUGUGGCAUCUAUACACAAUGGAGUACUAUGCAGCAAUAAAAAAUGACAAAAUCAUAGAAUUUGCAGGGAAAUGGAUGGCAUUAGAGCAGAUUAUGCUAAUCGAAGCUAGCCAAUCCUUAAAAAACAAAUGCCAAAUGUCUUCUUUGAUAUAAAGAGAGCAACUAAGAACAGAACAGGGAGGAAAAGCAUGAGGAAAAGAUUAACAUUAAACAAAGACGAGUGGGGGGAGAGAAAGGGAGAGAGAAGGGAAAGCAUAUGGAAAUGGUAGGAGACCCUCAAUGUUACACAAAAUUACAUAGAAGAGGAUGUGAGGGGAAAGGGCGGGGGAA